AAGUUUGUGUGAAGAAACUCUCUUUUCUCAUCACAAGAUAUAUCGAACGAUAUCAUCACAAGAUGUCACAGAGUACACAUAUACAUGUACAGCCACACGAGGAGAAAGAAGAAAGCAACACAGACACUGAGCGCACGGUGUCACUUGUAAGUUUGUGAAAAAAAAAUUUCUACCUCUCAGUACAAAAUAUUAUUCGAAAGGUGGAAGGAAAUAAAACAAUUUCUUGCAAACCAAGCCACUGGCAAAUUCUAUUUUCCAUUACAAGAUUGUAAAAAGUGAACAAGGAAAAAGAGAAAGAAACAACAACAACAACAUAAAAGACUCAACCCAACAAACAGUGAAGUAAGAAAGAAAGGAAAAGAAUUGCAAUAAAAAGCCCCCCGGAAAAUAAACAUCACUGCCAUUUUGAUUUAAGAUGGCUGACACAGAAAGUUUGGUAACAGAUACUACGUCAAGCCCUUUAUUAGAUCAGAAGACGGAAGAACCUGGUUUAGUAACAGAAAGCUCUCAAGAUGCUCAAUUAGGUCGUAGUUCGGUGGAAAAUAAUGUUGAAGGGGAAAAUAAUAAAAUUGCCAGUGAACUUCAAGUUCCCGAAACGCUGGAUUGUAAAUCUCCAUCUGUCGUUUCUGAAAGACCAUCUUUGAAUUUAUGGACAACAAACAAAGAAGUCAUCAGAAUCGAUCAGCUUCAAAAAUUGAAGAGAAUCCAGCUGUAUGAUUGGCCGAAGAAUUGGAACUUUCUCCUUGAUAAAUACAAAUCUCUUUCGGAAGAAAUGGCAGUUAUUAAAGAGAAUAAAGAUCGUAUACAGCAACAAAUCGACAAACUGAAGAAUAUCUCUGUCCCUGAAGACAACAAAGAACGAAAAGCGCUCAAUUCUGGUCCAAUACCUAAAACAGCUUCUGGAAUGAUAGGAUGGAAAUCAGGACAAGAAUAUCUAAAGACUCAAUAUCCAGCGUAUUUGUGGGAACGACGCUACAAAGUAACAUUUGAAAAGCAACUUGGAUGGCCAAAAGAUCCUUACCCAGAUAGUGAAAGCAGUAGUGGUAGUAGUAAUGAUAGUGGAAGUUGUAGUGAUAGUUGUAGUUGGAAUGGUAGUGGUUGUUGCUGUGGUGGUCGUUGUAGUUGCAGCAGCGUUGUUGCUGGUAGUGAAAGUAAUAGUAAUAAUAUUAUUGUAACAGGCAGUAAAAGUAGUCGUACUUGUAGCAGUAUUAGUCGUGGCAGUAGCAGUCGCAGUGAUGGUUGUAGUAUAGCUGCUAGUAGUAGUGUAAGUAAUGGUUGUUGUAGUAGCAUUGUUACUGUUGGUGUUAGUAGCAUUUGA